AUGAAGUAUUUCAUUAUUGUUUUGAUCGUAUCUAUUAAUGUGACUUGUGGCUUGCUACUCAGUGCUGAUGAUUUAGAAUCUAAAUGGGAUUCUUUCAAAGUUACAUGGGGCCCGAAUUCAUUUGAUCCGGAAUAUUUUGUUAAACAACCACGAACUAUUGCCGAAGCCAAACAGAAUAAUUACCAGCAGAUUUCAGAUCAAUGCGAAGGCAACUUUCUUGGGCAACGCUUUAUGAAACUUAAUGAUUAUGGUGCUAUUUUAAUUUACGAUAAUCAAGGUACUAUUGCCGGGGUGCAAAUGGGAAUUCCUGUUUCAAUGAUUACUGACAAGUUUUACCAAUAUUUCACUCAGAAAAUGUUUAAUAGAGAUACAAUUGCUGGUGUCUAUCUCUACAUUCUUACUGCAUACUUUGUCGACCCACGUACUAUUUGUCAAUCAGGUAGAAAUCCAUCUCAUCUCAACCAUGACGGCACAGGGACUGGACUAUGGCUACAAAAUGGCAGCAAUCCAAUUCGUGAUUCAAUUGAAAUGCCAUUGUACGAUAAUACGGUGAGCAAUACAAAAUGGGCUAAAGGGGCAUGUUUACCAACGAUGGGAUAUCAUUAUUGGUAUGACAAUCGGCUAGAUAAAAGCUGUGAUGAGUUUUUUCCAGCUUUUCUCUUGUAUAACAAAAACAAAUUGGCAGGUUUCGGUUGGAUUGUUAUAGGUAAAUUUGAAUUUACGAAACGAACUGAAUUUCCACCAAUAACAGCGCUCACUUCAUUGCAGGAACCGUUUCCGAUUUGUAUCAAAAAGCGAUUCGAGGAAGCCGGUGGCGUGACAGCUAUGCAUCAUUUCUUCAAUAAUCAGACAUGGAAUAUUCUCUGCUAA